AUGGAUCUUUAUGAUGGUUAUGAUGUUGUUUUAAAUUAUUUUAAAAGCUAUGAUAGUGAAACGUGGACUUAUCAACAUUUUUUAACCGAAUUAAGAGAAACGAUCAUUUCUUCUCCUCCCUAUACUGAUGACUGGACCGGCUUGGACGGUGCAUGGUGUAACAGAUUUAAAAAAUUUUCUAAUAAGGAUAUAGUACGAUUUAGGAGGUUUGGCGAAAUUUUCGUUGCCCAAGUGAUGAGUAUGAUGCGCUUCCAAGUCGGUAUUAAUAAUCGUCAGAAUAUACAAUCAUUUUUUCAAGACAUCAUUCUUGAACGUGAAAAAAGAAAUGCCGAGAAAAAUUAUGUAAUAGAAGGUGUUAGAGUCCUCAAUGAGGCAAGAUCUCGCAGUUCAAAUGAAGUUAUCUCCGCUAUUAACAAACGAUAUCCUGAUGAUCAAACCAGUGGAGACUCACACAAACGUCAAUGUCGCCGAACAGAAAACGAACAAUUGCAAACUUCAGAAGACAAGGUUACAGAGGUCACAGAUGACGAAGAAUGGGAGUUUGAUACACCACAGCCAAGUUGGCUAAAAAAAAUUGAUGGAGGAACGUUAUCAACAUGGUGGAAGAUUGUAGACUUGUCGGAUCCUAAACUUGUAGAUCUUCUUUUAGCAUCAGAUCUAUCUGAUCUGAACGCGAUGUUUUCAUCUGCUUUAAAAGAUUGGACCGUGCUGGAACCUUCAGCAGAAAGAUGUCUGAAGUCACUUUCAAAGGUGAAUAAUGUCGAUAUAAGCGUCUCAAUUCUUUUGAUUAACAUUUCUUUUGGUUCCCAGCUCGACAGCUAUCAGCUUCGUACAAUUGGAGAAACCGUAAGACCGAAGGGAACACACGGUGCAAUUCUUAGACUCCAAGAAAUGAGUAUUAAGAAUCCAAUUACCUUAGAAGCUGACGAUUUAUUUUAUGAUGGAUAUAUCGACAAAAUUUUUCACGAAGAAAUUUCAUUACUUGAUCCUAAUGAUCAUCUGGAUCCAGAUGUCGCGUACAUUUUUGACUUGAUUAGAUAUACGUGCGAGAUGAUUGCGAAAGGGAUCCCCAAUAGGCAAAACUCGGAGCGAGACAUUGAUAUUUUUAUCAAACGUCAUAUUUUUUCAUGUUUCGAUGACAUUUUGGAUAGUCAUUUCGGUGAGGUGGUAUCAAGAGCUUCACGAGAUCGUCGAGUAAAUGCGGUAGAUGCUCCGAGUAAUGCGGAAGGAUACCACCUCGACUGGAUGUUCACGCGACACGAUUUAGGAAAGGACUUAAGUUGGGGUCGCGAAUUUUCAAUUUGCGAACGUGCCGGUUCCAAAGUUGAAAACAAACGCAAGGUUAUUUCGAAUAACUUAAAAGGACAAAAGAUUCUAAGAGACAUGCACCGAUCCCUAACUGAAGUAAUAUCUGCAGAAGGCGAUAGAAUGCUUUCAAAGCCGGUUCUGCAGUCCAUCACAAAGCUUCUUAUGCCCG